UCACUAUGUCGUUUUGACAGGCUUUGAAAUUCCAAAACGUGCUCUUGUUUGUUAUGGUUCCUGGGUUAAGGUUUAUUUAUAUCAAGUAAUUUUGGUUGUAUUUGUAAUUAAUUGUUUAUGAAAUACGAUUUAUAACAUAAAAAAUGGUACGGGCACUGAAAUUUCACGAGAAAAAGUUACUUAAAAAAGUUGAUUUUAUAUCAUGGAAGGUGGACAACAAUUUAAGCGAAGUAAAGGUGAUGAAGAAGUACUACAUACAAAAACGUGAAGAUUAUACACUGUACAAUGUUCUUUCAAGGGAUAUAAGAAAUAUUGCCAAUAAAAUCAAAGAUUUGGAUGCAGGAUCAAAUUUUAGAACAAUAUCAAGUGCUCGUCUUUUAGAAAAAUUAUAUCAAAUGGGUCUGAUACCAACUCGAUGGGAUUUAGCUCUCGCUUCAAGUGUCUCUGCCAGCUCAUUUUGUAGACGCAGACUACCUGUGGUUAUGCUUAGAAAUAAAAUGUCAGAGAAUUUAAAAGAGGCAACAAAAUUGAUUGAACAAGGCCAUGUGAGAGUGGGUGCUCAACUUGUAAAGAACCCGUCAUUCCUAGUCACAAGAGCAUUGGAAGAUUUUGUCACAUGGGUUGAUUCUUCGGCUAUUAAGAAACAUAUUAUGGAGUACAAUGACAUGAGAGAUGAUUUUGACAAUGUAUAGUUAAUAAUUAACCAUAUAUUUAUGAAGAAAUAAAUUUAAAUAAACUAUAUAUAAG